AAGGUUGUUGAGAUAUUCUAGUUGAGAGAUUCCCUCAUAUAUAUCAGUAAUCAAACCAAUUCUCAACUUGUUAUGAUUAAAAUUUAUCAAAAAAAAUCUCAACUUGUUACUAAACUCGCCCUUAUGAAUGUCACUAUCUCAUUUACUGUAGGAUCCAACACCACCAAGAAAGGUGGCGUCGGGACUUUAGCACUCAAUGUUGGGAGAGUGAAUGUGUUGAGCAAGCAGUUGAAUUUGACCUACAAUCAUACGAGGGCUGCGAACCAGACAGCUUUGGAUGCGACCCUUUUGAUCGAUUUGACUAACAAGCUAUUGGGAAGUUAUGGGUUUGGCUCUGGUGAUUGCAAGCUCAAGUACAACUAUGUCUAUGGAGGAUUGAGGACGUUCGAGCCUUGCUAUGAGUUUACGAAGAACUUUUGGGACAAAACCGUGUCUCAAAGGAUUCUUGAUGGAGGGUUGAAGUUGCUAUGCAAGGGCUAAACAUAGAUGGAAGAUUUAAGGUACUUAAUUAUGCAUAGUAAGUGUAUGAGAAAUUGCAACAAGAAAAUCACAAAAAAGAAUCACAGUAUUGUUCACUGUUGUCUGUUAGUGCCACUAUUUUUAUACAUUGAAGUUGGUCUUUCCUUUUUAGUCUAUGUAUGAAAAUUUGCAAAAUUUUGAAUGAUAUACAUUGAAGUUGGUUUUGAAUCUCUA